AUGGCGGGGGUUCUGGAUACUUUGGCAUCCUACGUGACCAGCAUGCUUGUUGAAAUGGCCAAAGAGGAGGUGGCCAUGCUCAUCGGCGUAUCCGACGGGAUCACAGACCUAAGCAUCAAGCUUGGGGACCUCAAGAAUUUCGUUGCUGAUGCUGAUAGGAGGAACAUCACCGAUGAGAGUGUGCGGGGGUGGGUGGGCGAACUGAAGCGUGCCAUGUACCUAGCCACCGACAUUGUCGACCUAUGUCAACUCAAGGCCAUGGAGCUAGGUCAAACAAAGGACAGGGGGUGCCUUAACCCUCUGCUCUUUUGCAUGCGGAAUCCCCUCCAUGCUCAUGACAUUGGCACCCGCAUAAAGAUACUCAACCAAAAUUUGGAUGAUAUUUGCAAGAGGGGCAAGAGUUUGAAAUUCAUCAAGCUAGAAGCCUACGAAGACCAAAAUACAACUCGAUCUCUCGCCACUAACCGCAAAACUGAUUCGUUGAUCGAGCGGUCAGGUGCAGUUGGUGAGAAGAUCGAGGAGGACAUGAGGGCACUUGCGGAGGUACUUACAAGGGAGGCUGCUAGCAAUAAGAGUGAUUGCUUCAUGGUGGUCGCCAUUGUUGGUGUCGGCAGGAUUGGGAAGACCACCCUCAGCAAGAAGGUCUUCAAUGAUGAUAGUAUCAAAGGCAAGUUCACUAAGAAGAUAUGGCUUAGCAUCACCAAAGAUUUCAAUGAUGUUGAGCUAUUGAAUAAGGCUAUCAUCGCCGUUGGUGGAGACCUACCUGCAGCUGGAGGAGCUCGAGACAGAGACCUACUUGUCGGUGCUCUCAGUAAUGCCAUCAUGGACAAGAAGUUCUUUCUUGUACUAGAUGACAUGUGGGGUGUCGAUGCAUGGGACAAAUUAUUGAUGGCCCCUUUUAGCUACGGUGGUCCCAGUAGCAAAGUGCUUGUCACCACAAGACAUGACACGGUUGCCCUAAGCAUGAAAGCUGUGCACUAUCACCAUGUUGACAAACUAAGUGCAAAAGAUGCAUGGUUAUUGCUCAAGAAGCAGGUAGUCACAACAGAAAAAGAUGAACCCGAGAUUGAGAUUCUAAAGGAUAUUGGCUUGCAGAUUAUAGAAAAGUGUGAUGGUCUACCACUUGCUGUAAAGGUGAUGGGAGGGCUAUUAUGCCAGAGGAAGAAAAAUCAACGUGCUUGGCAAAAGGUUCUAAACGAUGAUUUAUGGUCAGUAUCUCAUAUGUCAGAAGAGCUAAAUUAUGCAAUAUGUCUUAGCUAUGAGGACUUACCCUCUUGUUUGAGGCAAUGCUUUCUGCACUUCUCCCACAUACCUAUAGUUUUACAAUCAGAUGUGAUUGUCGGCAUGUGGAUCAGUGAAGGGUUUGUACACGGAAACCCAGAUGUAUUAGAAGAAUUGGGACAUCAGUACUAUAGGCAACUGAUACUAAGGAACCUUAUAGAGCCAACUCCAAAUGAUAUUGAUCAACAUUUCUGCAACAUGCAUGAUGUUGUUCGCUCAUUUGCUCAAUUUGUAGCUAGAGAUGAUGCACUGAUAGUUCAUAAAGGAGAAAAUAUUAACAUCAAACUUAGUUUGCAAGGGUUUCUUAGGUUGUGUAUAGAAACCAAAGGAAUGGAAUCAGAUCAAUGUGAGUGGAGAAGUUUACAAGAGCAUAAAUCACAUAGAUCAUUAAUGUUAAUUGGGAAUUUGAAGAUUCAGUCGGGUGAUUCAUUCGAAACAUUUUCAAGCCUACGGAUGCUACAUAUAGAAUCCACCAAUUUUGAUGUCCUGGUUGAAUCUCUGUAUCAGCUCAAACACCUGAGGUAUCUUGCAUUAAUAAAGUGUAAUGACUUGGAUAGGCUGCCCGAGAACAUCCAUAAGAUGAAAUUCCUACAACACAUUAGUCUUGAAAAUUGUGAGAGUGUUGUGAAACUUCCUGAUAGCAUUGUGAGGUUAUAUGAACUGAGACAUAUUGAUCUUGAUGGCACACGUGUAAAUAGUAUACCCAGGGGGUUCCGUGCUCUCACGAAUUUGAGGACACUAUAUGGGUUCACAGCCCAUGUGGAUGGUGAUUGGUGUAGUCUUGAAGAGCUUGGGCCUCUUUUCAACCUUAGGACUAUUGGAUUAGUGAAUCUACAGAAUGUUUCAGAUGCCUCAUUUGCCACAAAGGUUAGGCUUGGUGAAAAGGUCAAUCUUAUCAGUCUGACCCUCGACUGCAGAAGUCGACAUGGCAGCAAUGAAUUGAUCAAAGAUGGAGUGUGUGAGAAGGACCAAGGAAUGAUUGAGAAGGUGUUCGAUGGCCUCUAUCCCCCGCCUUGCAUAGAAGAUAUUCGUAUCUACAACUAUUUUGGGCGUCAACUCCCAAGUUGGAUGAUGUCAGCAACAGUAAUGCAGAAGAUGCCCCUCAAUAGCUUAAAGGUUGUAAUAAUGUCUGAUCUGGCUUAUUGUGCCCAACUCCCAGAUGGCUUGUGUAUGCUCCCAUGUUUAGAGUACCUAUCAGUAAAUGAAGCUCCAGCGAUCAAGCAUGUUGGGUCUGAAUUCGUGCAGCCACAUAUUCACUCCCACCGUACUUCAUCUCAGGUUGCAGCCACGUUUCCAAGACUACAGAAAAUGCACCGUCCUUCAUAUCAGUUGGCUGCUACAUUUCCCAAACUCCAGAAGUUGCAUUUUCACGGAAUGGAGGAAUGGGAGGAGUGGAUUUGGGAGACGGAAGUGAAAGCUAUGCCGUUAUUGGAGGACCUUCGUAUCACUUCUUGCAAACUGGGUCGUAUGCCUCCAGGACUUAUGUCCCACGCAAUGGAUUUGAAGAAGCUAGAAAUAUGGAGCGUCCAAGGUCUCCACUCUCUAGAGAACUUUGUUUCUGUAGUUGAGCUCAACCUGUAUGACAUACCUCAAUUGGUCAACAUCUCCAAUCUUCCAAAAUUACAAAAGCUUACAAUCAACUACUGCGCAGAGGUCGAGACAGUGCAGGAGAUGGCUGCACUACGGAGACUCGAGCUGAGCAUUUUCGACUACCAAAGUCAACUUCCGGUCUACCUGCGGACUGUCAAGCCUAGUCAUUUGCUGCUGACCUGCAGCCUUGAUGUACUCACUUCCAUGGCUGAGGGUGAAUCUAGCUCCGAGUGGGACAAGUUCAGGCAUAUCAAGCAAGUCGAGGCUUAUGCAGAAGAUGGAGGAGAUGAGAAGAAAUGGCACGUGCUCUACACAUCUGAGUCCUGCAACAUACAGACAAAUAUUCAUCAGGAUUGA